CACACAUUCUUUAUCAAUAUGAUAGCAUCGGAACAAGUUAGCUAGCUAUGGUUUCGGUGCAAGUUAGCAACUUUGCCAACGUGUCACGAAAUGAUUGGCUUUAUUUUGGAUAUAGUAAACGACCGAAACUUCGGUUUUCAACCUUCCUUGGUCCCAAAGAAACAAACACGCACGCACACCUACUCCCUUUCAUUCUUUAUCCUCUCCCACUCAUAUUAUUAAUACACACAUCUAAUGCAAUCUCCUUCAAUUUGCACUCAAAACCUCUUCUAUCUUUCUCCUGAGUUUAACACAGAUUUAGAUCUAUCAAUGGCAUCAUCAGCUGCGAUGUUCAUGCUCCCCUAUCCUCUAAUUCAGCAGGUAACAAGAAACAAUACUCUGCAGCCACAAGGGGAACCAUCAUCUACGCAGAUUGUUAAAUGUCUUCUUCCAGCCAUAAACUCAUCGGAAAGUUCUGGUCGCUCAAAGUUUAGUCUUUGGCUAUUCGGCAAUCCCGCUACGUAUGACAAGAGGUUCCAAGAAGCUAUUGAACUUAGUUGCCUGUGAUCGAGACGCAUGUUUUCCCCAGUUUCUUCUUUAUGUGUUUGUGAAUAAGCAUGUUGCAAUUUCUUCCUUAAUGUCACCAUGUGUUUGUAAUUUAUAUAAUAAUGAAUUCCAUCAAAGAUGUUCUGAUUAA